AGUGAGAAGGAAAAGCAAUUCGCCAUUUUAUUGAAGAAAACCAAAUCGUUUGCAGUUCGCUCGGAAGAAGUAAUCGCAAAUUAAUAAUCGCGCCGUGAGUUUUUGGUGUUGUGAACAUCUUCCGAAACAUGCUGAAAUCCUGCAGUGCCCGGUUCCGUUCCAGAUUAUCACCGAUGGCGGCUUAAAACGGCCUAAAACGCUUCGAAAAGUGCUCACCAUGGGAUCCUAUUAGAUGGUUCCCUUCCCUUCAUUCUGGCAUAGUUAAGAACAACUUUUUUUUGUUGCCAGUGCUAUGAUAUGUGUAUUUGGGGCACCGCUAGAGCGCCGUCAGUUGGUCCGCAAGUAAAUCAGUAAACCAAAUACGGCUGAAAUCUGUAGGCCAGCGGUGAGGUGGAAAACAUUGACCGUGCAGUGCAUGGGCCGGGUAUGAAAGUUGAAUAAUUAAUGCUCACAUGAAAGUGUUUCUAGUUCGUGUUAAUGUUGGAUUUACGCAAUUGGAAAAGAGCUGCUAAGGAUAAUCGUCUGGUCCCAGAAAUUAAGGCCAUUGAUCAAAACUAACUUGAAUUGCGGUUUGGGUUGAUAUUGAAUUCCGUAGAUGUUAUUUUCAGACAUCUGCCAUCGAUGUAGCUCAGCAAGGGGUCCCGUUUGAUAUCUAUGAAUGGAUUAAAGAAUGUUACACUAGAUUGAAUGCGAAAAGCGCUUGUUGAGAGCUUGUUAUAGCUGCUUAUUCGCAAGAAAGUGCUGCCUUGUCUUGACGAGAAAGAACUGGGUCAAAUACCUACUGGUGCCCUAUGUGUUUCGGUUAAUUUUGUUCCUCCAUGUAAGUAGUUUUGUGCACCAUCAAGCCAAGUAAAGAAGUUCAAGUGCUGUGUUCAGCAAAGUUUUGGCAAAUUUGUCCUCUCAGUGGGGUCGCGUUUGUUCUUAGCUCUUUCGGGUUGUUUGCCUUUUCGCUUCGAGUGCAAUUGAGGGACGACGAGCGUGCUUUGAUUCGAUCGCGUAAGCACAAAACUCGACUUCAAAGUGGAUACCAAAAGCAACCUGGGUCUAACCCAGGAUUUCGAGAGGAUGGUCGGUCUUUCAGGAGGAGCGGCCCAUUUGUAUGCAGCAGGACUUCCGCCGGCACAAGAGAUUGUCCGCGAUAUGUCCUCCAUGCCGAGUGCCGCACCCACGAGUGCCGAUGCAUGUCUUAGCAUUGUGCACUCGCUGAUGUGUCAUCGCCAGGGCGGCGAGAGCGAAGGUUUUUCGAAACGGGCCAUCGAAUCUCUGGUGAAAAAGCUGAAGGAAAAACGGGACGAGCUGGACUCACUCAUCACCGCCAUAACGACAAACGGAGCCCACCCGAGCAAGUGUGUCACCAUACAGCGGACCCUAGACGGGCGGCUGCAGGUUGCCGGUAGGAAAGGAUUUCCCCAUGUCAUCUACGCGCGCAUUUGGCGGUGGCCUGAUCUUCACAAAAACGAGCUCAAGCAUGUCAAAUAUUGCCAAUUUGCUUUCGAUCUCAAAUGUGAUUCAGUCUGUGUCAAUCCGUACCAUUACGAAAGAGUCGUAUCGCCAGGAAUCGAUCUUUCAGGAUUAACUCUCCAAACAGGACCUAGUCGUUUGAUAAAGGAUGAAUACACACCGGGUUCCGUAGUCGGAGGAACGAUGGAUAUAGACGGAAAUGAAGUAGGUACUAUCCAACAUCACCCAAGUCUGAUACCGGGAGGUGGCUAUGGAGGCAUGGGAAUGCACCAAGCUGUUCCAGACCCAUCUCAAAUAGGCAGCAUGUUUCCACCGCCACCAGGAAGUGGCCCGCGCCCGAUACCAAAAUUAGAACCAUCUGAUCAACCUCGAAACAACAGCGGAGGAAAUUGGAUGAACAGUCAAAGUUCUUCGUCGUCUUCGGCUGCCAGUUCUACUUCCCACAACCGACUUUCCACUUCACUGCCUCAUUCUUCUGUGUUAGGAAAUCCGGUUGGCAUACCCGGAAGUGGUGGCUUACGUCCUCCAGCUCAAUCGUCACAGCCACAGGGUCCUCCCUCAUCGCAAGCAAAUCCUCAAAUGACAAAUGGUGGAAACGGACUUAUUGGUAGUUCGUCGCAACCUAGUCUGCUUGGGAAUGACGGCCAAGGCCAAUACUACGCAAAUAACUCAGUAGAUCCCAGCCUAGGAGGAGAUCCGCAAAUGGGACCGAACAUGGGUAUCCAAAACAAUAUCUCCACUGCAUCGCCCGUUUCACCACAUCUACAGCAAAAUGGAUAUGUACCCGGAUCGAAUAACCCUCAACAGCAACAGCAGCAGCAGCAACAACAACAGCAGCAGUCGCAGCAACAAACUUCAUCCGGUCAAUAUGGUCAACAUCAAGCAGGGGCUGCCACUUGGUCCGGUUCCAAUACGUUGACUUACACACAAUCCAUACAACCACCGGCCCCAGAUCCUCGGUCCCAUGGUGGUCAACAGCAGUAUUGGCAGCACGGAGGAAGUUCAUCUGGUACGGCUGGUUCCAACUCGGGCCAACUGCAGGAACUCUCAAGUCAACCGCGUCUUCUUUCGAGACAGCCGGCCCCCGAAUACUGGUGCUCGGUUGCCUACUUCGAACUUGAUACUCAGGUUGGCGAAAUGUUCAAAGUACCCUCGAAUCGUCCGAACGUCACAGUCGACGGAUACGUCGAUCCAUCCGGUGGGAAUAGGUUCUGUCUGGGAGCCCUCAGUAACGUCCACCGAACGGAGCAAAGCGAAAAGGCUAGAUUGCACAUUGGAAAGGGAGUUCAGUUGGAUCUGCGCGGUGAAGGAGACGUUUGGUUACGGUGUCUCAGUGAUCACUCAGUAUUCGUGCAAAGUUAUUAUCUAGACCGAGAAGCUGGAAGGACACCUGGGGAUGCAGUGCAUAAGAUUUAUCCGGCAGCUUGCAUAAAGGUAUUUGACUUGAGACAAUGUCAUCUUCAGAUGCAAUCCUUAGCUACCAGUGCACAGAAGGCCGCCCAGAUGCAAGCAGCCGCUGUAGCCGGUGUUUCUGGAAUGCCAGUUGCUGCUCCUAGAAAUCUCACAGCCGCUGCUGGGAUUGGUGUGGAUGACUUGCGCCGGCUCUGUAUCCUUCGGUUAUCGUUCGUUAAGGGCUGGGGCCCGGACUACCCAAGGCAAUCGAUAAAGGAAACGCCAUGCUGGGUUGAAGUUCACCUCCAUCGAGCAUUGCAGCUACUGGACGAAGUACUUCAUCAAAUGCCCAUCGACGGACCACGAGGAAUUGUGGAGUAAAAUAUUUACGUGCAGUUUUGACACCCUUAGCAGGACUAAGAGAUUUAUUUCGGUUAAGCUAUUGAACCUUUAUGAUGCCAUGCGAAAUCACAAGUGUCGAUCAUUGCUGAGCGAGUGAGAACUUUUCCGGUUUUUGUGUCAUUAUAAAAAACAAAUGCUUAAAGCAAAGUUCGGCAUCCUACUGUCCACUAGUCCAAUUCUGAUUGGAUAGAAUUUUCCUACCAAAAAUUCUACUGACGAGUCGUAAGAGUUUAUACUGAACUAUUAUGAUAUAUAUAUUCUCAACCAUAUUAGGUGGAAUUAAAGUUUUUCUCAUAGUAUAUAAGAAAAGAUGUACGCAAGACUAAGUUGUGUAGACUUAAAAAUCUUCGACAAAAAAAAUAGUUUUUCAUUUGAAGAUGUUGAAUGAGCCAUUCAAAGGUGAAAAAGUGUGAUUUGUUAGACAGAAAAUUUUAGGUAAUAUAACUAAGUACACUUGACAGAAAAAAUACUAACCGUUUUACAUCCAAAAUUGUACUGGUUCCAGAUAGAAUAGUGAAAAUGUUAGAAUUAGCCAGCGCCGCAGAUUGUUCGUUUAUUAAAGUAUGACAUCGUCUCAAAAAUUCUCUGAACAAUAAUGAGAUAAAAUAUAGCAAGAAAUGUUGCAAUCAACAAAAUGUUCUACCUCUAACAUAAAAAAACAUCAACUCACACAUACAAAUAAAAUACAUUUAUUAGAAACAAGUAGCUUAAUUCAGUGUGAAAAUGACAAACACAAAAUAUGGAAGUUCAGGAUCAAUAUACGAAGUGUAAUUGCAAUCUAUGAAUGACAAAAAGUAUUGGAGGAUAUACUACUAAAACGCAGUAAAUAAUGUUGCAUGUUUCUAAUCAGUAAAAAACGAAUAUUUAUGAAGGAGUAUGUACCUAACAUGACGAUGAACAACAGCUAUGCCUAAUACAUAUUUUUAUCUUUUUUUGUCCUGGUUUGCGAAAUCAGAGAAACUUUUCAUCACAAACACAUUGAAUAAAAAUAUUCUUGUUGAUUUCUGUUUCCAACAUCGGCAUCCAAACGAUGUAAUUCACAACGGUGAAUUAAAACAAAUCACAAGUGCAAUGAAUACUUAUUAAAACAGAGGAAAAAAAACAAAAAAAAAUCUUGUAAAAACCUGAACCAAUUAUUUCAUGCUUGUUAUGUUUUUAGUUUUUUGUAAACAUAAAACGAGAAAAAUUAUACAAAAUGUGAAGAAAAAAACCAAAAUACGCAAUCGCGUCUCGAUUCGAUUUCGUUUAUGUUCUCGAGUCUGAUUAUAAAUCUGCCCCGGAAAAGUCUAUCCAAUUAUGGUUUGCGAACCUUCGGUUGAAAUUUUUCGCAAACAACUAAUUUUAGGAAAUUAACUUAACCCGAGCGUUUAAAGCGAUUUGUGUUGUAUAUCUAAGAUAUAAAAAUGUAGAAGUGAUAUUUUAACGAUUAAUUAACUGUAACAAUACCCUAGUUUACAAUGAUUAGCUUCCGAAGAAGAGUCAAACGCUAGAGAAACAAAAACAAAUUAAAUGUUUGAUUAAAAAUGUGUAAAGCACCGAAAGAUGCCGUGAAAUGGGAUAAUGGCUUUCCUCGUUUAUCGCAUGUACUAGCUGACCCGUUGUGCUUUGCUACACCUUCCGGAAAUAAAUGUAAUUUGUAAAAAUUUAUUCAAAUUUAGAUUUUAGAUACCAUUUUUUUAAAUCAAACCUCAUCAUACUUCAGAACCAACAACUUUGAAAUGAAAGCUGCAGCUGCAGUUCUGAAUUGCAAUUCAAAGAUGGUAUAUUUUAUUUACUGAAAUUUGAUCUCUAAACUCGUUUUCCAAGAUCUGAAAUUUGUACUCUGUACCCAAAAAAACCUUUUUUAAUAUGGUCCCUUUUUGAAAAGCUCUUUAUCUUAAAUUUACAUGGGAGCUCUCCCAUCUUUUUCAAUUUUGUCCCCCACUGCAUGAAGAAGAAAUUUAACCGGCUCGAUACCCAAACAGCACUUAUCAUGGUAAUAAAAAAUAUAUUAAAUUAGUUAUGUAUUAAGUACAGUGCAAAUUUCUUUUUUUUAAUAAAUUUACUACGGUAAACAUAUAAAAAUUUAAAAAAAUAUCAGUUGCAUCACUAAAUAAGCUCUCAGCGUUUUUUUAUUUUCUCUUUGAAAGUCAAAUAUUCAAAAAUGUAGGCAAAAACAAAUUUCUAAGUUUUCAUUUGUCCCGUAUAUCGGGGCAAGUGUCAAUGCAAAGCUUAUUUACAGAUGCGUCAGAGUAAUAGCUUUAAAAUCGAAUGCUGUUCAAAGGGAAUGACCUUCAUUUACAAAGACAUUUAAGAAUUUUCGAUAUCCGCUGCAGUUUCAACAUUCGGAAUACCCCUUCUGGUCUUUCCAAAAUAUUGAAUCAUUUUGAAGAUGAAUUUCUUAAAAGUUCAACGUUUGCCCUUGCCCUACCGUGUAAGUUGACAGAAAGGAAUAUUGUUUUUAACACUUUAAGGGUAAACUAUUUUUUUUUUUUUUUUUACAAUGCAUUUAUUUGAAACGGCUCGUACCGUAGGUUUCAAAGAGCCAAUGUCUGGUUUGUGUAAUUACAUUUUAAAGUAUCCAAAGAUUUAGAUAAAGUGAAAAAGAAAGUAGUAGUUAUAAACGGAGAUCAAUAGCUUUUAGAAAGAGGUAGAUUUCGAGCAUGUAAUCAAUGUUUAUCGCAGCUAAUACAUCUCUCACUGGGGUGUUGGGUGGUUUUCCUCGGGCCCGAAGGGAGUCUAUUAAAUUCGCCCUGGCGACAAGGUGGUCCUCACACGACCAAACAAUAUGCUCGAUGUCAUGGUAACCUUGACCACAACCACAUAAAUUGCUGCCAGCAAGAUUAAAACGAUAGAGUAACGCGUUUAAGGAACAAUGAUUGGACAUGAGACGGGAAAAUACUCGAAUAAAAUCCCGACGCAAGUCCAACCUAUUGAACCAUGGUUUAAGGCUUACCUUUGGGAUAAUCGAGUAGAGCCACCGGCCCAACUCAUCUUCGUUCCAUUUUCGCUGCCAGUUGACAAGAGCAUUUCUUCGAAUUACAAAGUAGAAUUCGUUAAAAGCGAUUUGUCGCUGAUAGAUGUCGCCUUCUACAGCUCCUAUUUUCGCCAGUGAGUCUGCCUUUUCAUUGCCCAUAACUGAGCAAUGUGAAGGAACCCACACAAACGUGAUAAAAAAGCGACGACUAUAUAAAGCACUCAACACUACCCGUAUCUUCUCGAGGAAGUAUGGGGAGUGUUUCCCGGGUGUUAUUGAACGAAUAGCCUCAACGGAGCUGAGGCUAUCUGUUACAAUAAAGUAGUGAUCAGCGGGUCUUGAUGCUAUGCUGUCUAGUGCCCAAUGUAUAGCUGCCAGCUCCGCGAUAUACACUGAGCACGGAGAUUGAAGACUGAAGGAAGCACUGUAAAUUUGGUUGAACACUCCAAACCCGGUACAUUCAUCGAUAACGGAUCCAUCAGUAAAGUACAUUUUAUCAGCAUUGACGUGUCCAUACUUUACAUCAAAAAUCCUUGGAACAGUAAGAGAACGAUGUUGUUCUGGAAUUCCUCGAAUUUCAUGCUGCAUGAACAAAUCAAACUGGACAGAAGAGUUGUCGUAGUCAGGGUGACAAACACGAAUAGGAGAAUACGACGAAGGAUUAACCUGCAUAGACAUGAAUUCAUGA